CCUACUUCGGAAGUCGUCAAGGGAUGACUUCAAGUAUCAAUAAAACUCCGUGUGUGGUACUCUCGUCAAUUACAAGCCCUGAACGACCGUACUUGCUAACUUUAGUGCAACGUAGUUAGUAGUCACUACUUUGCCUUUCUCGAGGUUUCUUCCUACUGAACUCAUCCAUUAAGCCUCGUUCAUAUGAGAUGAAAAUCGAAGAUUCCCAUCACCAACACUCGGGAGCGCAACAACAGUACAUUUCGUCGAGAUCACAGCACAGCAAGGUGACGAUGGAAGACCGAGCAAGAAUCCCCGUGGGCCCACCUAUCGCCAACCCUCUCCAUUCGUACUGGCAGCAUCCAAAGUCACCACUCGCGGCAACAAUCGAACCUGAAUGCUCUAAUCCUACCAAACCCUAUGACUACGCCAUCAUCGGCUCUGGAAUAUCUGGGACGAUGGUUGCAUACAACAUCUUCAAGACCUUUCCAUCAGCGCGUGUCGUCAUGAUCGAUGCGCGAGAAAUUUGUUCUGGUGCAACUGGACGCAACGGUGGACAUACAAAAUCUGCUUCAUAUCGCACGUACUUGCAGCAUAAAGUAGAGCUGGGGCGGGAGGAGGCUUUGAAGAUAGCGAGGCUGGAGUACGCAAACAUCAUCGAGACACAUACGCUCGCGAAAGAGCUUGAGAUCGACUGUGAGAAUCAAAUUUGCAACACCGUGGACAUCAUCUACGACCCUGAAACCUUUGAGCAAGGAAAGCACGCCAUAGAAGAGCUGGAAGCGGAUGCGACCGAAGAAGAGCGUCAACCCGGGAAGAUGGCGUCUUACAGAAUUUACCACGCCUCAGACGGCAUCCAGCAGAAAUUCUGGGUUGACGACUCCAAUACGAACCCCGCCGUCAAGCAAGAAAAGGUCGCCGGCGCAUUCGAGUAUCUCGCCGGCAAGAUCCACGCCUAUCGCUUCACAACCGGCGUCCUAAAAAUCCUCGUGCAAGAACACGGCUUGCAACUCUGUGCCAACACGCCCGUACACGCGUUUCUCCCUGCACACUCCUCAACCCCAGAUAGUCCGCUAUGGGACAUCUUCACACAGCGCGGCACCCUCCCCGCCCGCAACGUCGUCCUCGCAACGAACGGCUAUACGCCGUACCUCCUCGCCACCCUCCAAGGCGCCAUCGUACCCCUCCGCGGCCAAAUCGUCGCCAAGAAAUCCCCGCCCACUGCACGCCAUCCUAGCGUCCUCCCAAGAACAUAUUCCUUCAUCUACGCCUCGGGCUACGAAUACAUGAUCCCACGACAACUCCCCGACGGCGGGCAGCACAUUGUCAUCGGCGGCGGGCUGGGGCGUCUGCCCAACGCAGGGGCCGGGGAGUACGGCACCGUGGACGACAGCGCGCUGAGCCCGGAUGUAUCGGCGUAUCUCCACGGCACGGUCACGGGGUACUUUGGGCAGCCUACGUCGUCCUCGCCGGCCGCGCAGGACGUGCCUGAGUACGAGCUUGUGCACGAGUGGACAGGCAUCAUGGGCGCGACGGCGGAUGGGAGGCCGUUUGUAGGGGGGGUGCCGGGGAUGGAGGGGGUGUGGGUGAGCGCGGGAUUUAAUGGGCACGGGAUGGUGCUGUGUGUGAAGGCUGCGGAAGCUUUGGUGGGGAUGAUAAAAAAUGAUGGAGCAGUGGAGGAUUUGGAGUGGUUCCCCAAGAGCUUUUUGAUCAAUGAAGAGAGGAUGAAAGCCAAGUUUGGAGGAAGGACAGAUAUGAAGGUGCCGGAAACGGGGGAGGGACCUGUUGGGGGUGGGAAGAGCUGGGAAGUAGAGAGUUGAUUGUCUUAUACUUCCAGCACUUGGACUGGAAAGUGCGAUCACAGGGUCAUGGUUACAGUCGAUUUCGAUGAUCACUAGC